AUGCCCUAUGAGCCCCUUCCCUCUUUCUUCCCGAUCGCUCUAGAGGAGGUGGAGGAGGAGGACGUGGUCGCACCUCCUGCUAUGCCCUAUGUCCCUACCUCGGUCCCCACCCCACCUCCGCCUUCAGUUUACCCUCGUGUGGUUCCCCCUGCCCCACCUUCUUCAUCCUCACCCCCCUUGGCUUCCCCUCCUCCUCCUAUUCUCCCCUCUCCCCUUCCACCCUCCAUCCCUCCUACACCUGCUCCACCCUCCUCUUCGUCUUCCACGGCACCGCCCGUUGGUGAGGGGGGGAUAGUGGUGCCGCCGUCCAUGGUGAUCACCGACGGGCAGCGCCUUGUGACUGAGCAGCUGCAGGAUGAGAGUAGUAUGGAUGGAGUGCAGCAGAGUGGGGGGAUGGAGAUAGGGGAGCAGCAGAUAGAGGUGCAGCAGAGUGGGGAGCUGCAGAUAGGGGAGGAGCAGAUUGGGGACCAGCAGAUGGUGGACCAGCAGCCAGGGGAGCAGCAGACAGGGGAGCCGCAGACGAGGGAGCAGGAGAUUUCCACUUCCCCCAACUUCCACUCUACUCCUCCAUUUCCUCCCUACUCCCCCAAUCGCAUCCUGCCCCUCACUAUAGUCACGGAGGCGGCAGCCAUGGACGAGCGCCCUGCCUCCCCCCCCUCUCCCCCUCACCCUGCGCCCUACCAUCCUAACCCCCUGCGCAUCCCGCCCCUCACUAUAGUCACGGAGGCAGCAGCCAUGGACGAGCGCGAGGUGGCGGCGCUGCUGGCAGCAUCUGGGCAGAACGGACAACUCUUCCCCGCCCUGCUGCCGCCCGAGUCGCCGCCCGACGGCCGCCCGGUGCCCCGGAACGUGAACGUGGCUCGCGUGCCGGUGGACCAGAGGAGAGUCAGGCGGGCUGAUGCUGCCAAGAUGAGGAGAGCGCUGGAUAAGAGGUGA